AUGUGCGCAGCACUGCAGAAGCCGCUCUUCCAGCAGCUGCGUAUCAUCUACGACCAACAGGAGGCUAUGGAUCUCUUUCAGGUUCCAAAAAGUCCAGCACACUCCUUCCAGGUGCAGCUUCCUCCCGAAAAAAUGGUGAGGACCUACCAGAAGCUGCCGCAAAAGUCCACCUCUUUGCAGCUGGGAAGGGUGGAAAAGGAAGCCAUGGAAGCCUUCAUCCAUGAUUUGAGAGGCUUGAGAGGUGAGAUGAGACAGCAGCUGGCCCAGUUUUUGCGAAAAUCGGGGAAGGUGAAGUUCAAAUUCUGGUUGGAGGUGAAAACUCCGCAGCCGCAGAAGUUCAUGAUCUUGGGAAGCCAAAGUGGCGAAGUUGAGGCCACAUUACGUGCCAGGCUGCCAGUGGAGCAACUGCAGCAAGCGCUGGAAAGCCUCGACCGUGGCCAGUGGAGGCAGAGGAAACGUCAAGGCUCCACCGGUCGGAUGUCACCGAGGAAAGUCUCCAAGUCCUGUGGAGGAGCCUUACGCAAACGACGUCUCUGA